AUGCCCGACAUAGAACUUCUAAGGGAGGAAUGGAAGACCCUGUAUUCGGAGACUCUUCCCAAACUGGCCAAAGCGCGAGAUCCCAGUCAAUCCAGGUGGCCCGUCACUCUUGACCAUUGUUUUGCGCGAAUCAUCCUCGAUAAUGCGAUCGGCGGUGGUCAGCAACAAUGGGAUAAGAUAUUGCCCAAGCCGGCGGUGAGAAACAUGAACGAGCAUCAACUGCAGAAAGCCAUCACCCUGGGCCUGAAGAUCUUGGCUGGGGAGGUCGACCUUUGUGAAUUGGAUGAGAUCAGCUUGAGCUGCAGAGGGAAGAAUAAGGCAAAGUACAGCUUAACGACAGCAAACGGAGCCGCACAGCAAGAGCAGCAGGAUACAUCGACUACAGGCGACGCCAAACGCGCCUUCGAUGAUAUGGAAGGAGCCAGGGUUCCAUCGCCUAGGAAGAACCGAAAAACGGAACAAAAGCAGUCGACGUUGGACCUCUGGCGCCCCCAAGUUUCCGAGCAAAGUAGACCGGGUACAAGUGAGAAUAGAUCGCAAAACGGGGAGAAGCCGAACGAGGAACUCGAACAGGUGCUCCAACGCGUUCGGUCACAUCCAUCACUAACGCAAUACCGUAAGAGGCUUUAUACCGUCCUACUUUCAGUCCCGCGAGGGCGCUACACCACCUACGCUGCGAUAUCAGAAUAUCUCAAGUCUUCUGCAAGAGCAGUGGGGAACGGCAUGCGCAACAAUCCAUUUGCUCCCGAGGUACCCUGCCACCGAGUCCUUGCAGCAGAUGGAAGUAUUGGCGGCUUUCAUGGUGACUGGGGUAAAGAUGGGAAGCAUGCGAACAAGAAAACUGAAUUGCUUCGAGGCGAAGGAGUUAGAUUUGACAGUCGAGGCAGGGUCUUUGGUGAACCAUUUCGGAAAUUCCACGAUUUUCAAGAAGUCGCACUCGAGAGUCCUGUGUAA